GUUAUUUGCACAAUGAUUCAGACAUACCAAUGGUGUUAGCUUGUUUGUUCAUAUAGUCCUGUUAUCAAAAACCUUGAAAAUGUGCCAGUCACCAUGGCGCAGUGGUUAGACCCGAAAGAAUAAGAUUUGAGGUUGAACGCGAGCCUACAACUAUUUAAAACUGCUUUCGUGAUAUAACUAGUAACUACUGUUAUUGCCCUGACAGGCAAGUAUAAAUAAAUUACAUCGUAUCAUUUAGCAGGAAAGGAUAAACAUAGCGUUUACAGACCAAGGUGUUUAGUAUGAUCAUUGAACACAAUAGUUGAGUUAAUUUUACUUAUGUUACAUCGCAGAGAGUGUAAUGAGUGUCUGUUUUUGUUUGUUCUGUCACAGUCGCUCCUCAUUGCCAAUGGCACGAGCCGUGUAGAUGUUGGAGCCACUUCGUAAAAAGAAACGUAGAGUAGAACAUUGUGAUUACGUGAACGAGGAUAAGGAAAACCUUGAAGCUUCCGUGUCCGCAAUGUCGAGUCGCACAGAGAACUUCAAGCAAAAGUUGGAGGAGUUCAAAACUCGUCAAGCAUUCCUGCCCUCGGAGAAUGAAGGUCUCAUUAACCACAAACUCCCAAAAGAAUUGUUGCUUCGGAUAUUCUCAUAUCUGGAUAUUGUAACUUUAUGCAGAUGCGCACAGGUGUCCCCAUCAUGGAAUAACUUAGCACUGGAUGGCAGCAACUGGCAAAGGGUAGACUUGUUCCUGUUUCAAACUGUAGUUGAGGGAGGCGUUGUUGAGAAUUUAUCCAAGCGAUGUGGUGGCUUCCUCAAGCAAUUAUCAUUGAAAGGUUGUGAAAAUGUGGAGGAUAAAACGUUGAGGGUGUUCAGUCAAAACUGUCGUAAUCUUGACCGACUUAACUUGUACAACUGCAAGAAGAUAACUGACCAGACGCUUAUAAGCCUUGGUAAGAAUUGCCCUCAGCUACAUUAUCUUGAUACAAGCUCGUGUACACAAAUAACUGACCAGGGACUUAAACAUCUUGGAGAGGGAUGUCCCCUGUUGUCCCACCUCGAUAUAUCAUGGUGUGAUCGAAUCACUGAUCGUGGGAUACGUCAUCUCACCAAUGGAUGUCCUAAGCUCAAACAUUUGCUUGUGAAGGGAGUUACUAGGUUAACAGACAACUCGCUUGAAAACAUUGCAAAGAAUUGUCCAUGUUUGCUGCUGCUUAACCUUCAUAAGUGUGGGAACAUAACAGAUGAAGGAAUACAGAAACUCACUGAGGGUUGCAAGAACCUAGAAUCACUUAAUCUAUCUGAGUGUUUAAAUCUUCAAGAUGAAUCUUUACAAUCACUUAGUCUGCAUUGCCAUAAGUUAAAGACAUUAGAAGUUGCUUUGUGCUCAAAUCUCACCGAUACUGGAUUUAUAAGCCUUGCCAAGAGUUGUCCUGAUUUGGAGCGAAUGGAUUUAGAAGAAUGCGUUCAAGUAUCGGACAAAACACUUCGUUAUCUAUCAAUACACUGUAUCAAACUAACAGAACUGACGUUAUCCCACUGCGAGUUGAUCACAGAUGAAGGAAUUCAAGAUCUUGGGUCUGGGUCUUGUGCAUCGGAGCACCUGGAAGUUCUGGAACUCGAUAAUUGUCCUCUUAUAACCGACAACAGUCUCGAGCAUCUAGUUGGGUGUCAGAAUUUGAGUCGAUUGGAACUUUAUGAUUGUCAGUUGAUCACUCGAGCUGGGAUUAAUAAACUAAAGGAACAAAAUCGCAAGCUAGUAAUCCAUGCGUACUUUGCACCAAUUACCCCCCAGCCCUCUGUUGGCCCGGCAACCCGCAGACUGUGCCCUGACUGCAACUGCAUAAUUUUAUGAUAAGAGGCUACUUUCCCCGACCUAGAAGUCCACGCUUAUUUUGCCCCCAACUCCCCAGCGCCCUCCAUUAACAACAACAAUCGUUCUGGCCGGAGAAAAUAUUGCAGAUGCUGCAUAUUAUUGUGAUAGUUGAACCAAAAAUAAUCAGAAAUAAUUUACUGUGAAAACUAAAUCUAGCUAACCAAAUAAUUCUGUAGCAGGCAAUUCGAUCUGAAUUAAAUGAAAAGUCAAAAGUUCUACAAGUUACAGUGACAAAGCACAGAAACUUUUUCUUUGAAGGCUAAUUUCCUAUGUCGGAUUUUUGCAUAUUAUUGUGUGAUCCAGUUUUAUGAAACCUUUUUCUUAAAAUCAUAUUCUCUCACAUUCGGUUACAUGACAAGCCUAUGCUUGCAAAAUUAAUGCAUCCUUUUAUGAAUCGUGGUUUAAAAUUGGGAGUUUUUUCAAAAACUGAUAUUUUUCUCUUUCUGUUUUUUUCCUGUGUUUUGUAGGCAAUAUUAACAAAUUUUUCUUUGACAUUGUUUUUUCCCUAAACUCCUUUUUUUAUUUUAUACUCUUCUGUUUUGUAAACUAUUCUCUUUGUUGUAUAUACAAGUGCAUUGCACUAUUGGCACAAUUUCCCCACCCUGUACAUUAUAAUGUGCCGCACCUAAAUAGGCGUUCAGUAUUCCCUUUUUUCUUUCUACGUGAAUUAAGUAGGCUGUUGUACAUACAUCCUUGAGACCACAUACUAUGGGGAUAUGUUGUUUUAGUUUCGUACACAUUGAGACAUCGUAAUGGUACAACACGCUUGCAUCUGCUCUAUUUCUUAUUGGAAAUGUCAAAGACAAUUUUCUUCUAAGAAGCUCCAAGAAUUACAGAAAGUUAUUUGCUGGAAAGGAAUAAACUUGUUAUUUUUAUGGUGCUAUAAACUGAUUACUGCCUCUAAAUGAGUAGUAACUUUUUGAACAACUAUUUUUCUGCUAGUUGCUGCGUUCGUAACAUAUAUAUUCACAUGUGGAAUUGUAUGAACUUUCUUAUGUAAGGUUACAACUGGUAUUUCCUUUUAAAAAUGUCGCUAAACAUUCUUGAAUCUUGUGUCUGCAUUUUCACUCAAAAUAUCAAGUGUAGUUAAAUUAAAGACUGAGUUAAAAUACAUAUUUUUCUGUAUAUCGCGGUUGGUCGAAUACAAACCACUUAAAAUGUUUUGUUUUCCCAAUACAGCAUUUUUCUUUCUUACUGAUUCAAUUUUGCAGAAUUUACUCUUAAAUACAAUACUUGUAUCCAA